AUGGAGACACUGCCAAGUGCUGCUGACGUCCUAACAAGAUGUGAUUUAAAAUUAAUAAGAAAUAACAUUACUAACUCCAGAUUAUCAGUGUUUCCAAAAAUGCCAAAAGAUUUACUCGGAACACAAGAUGUCCUGGAGAAAAUAAACGUUAGCACAGUUAAAGGAGAAACAUUUUUAUUGAAAAACGUGAAAGAUGCAGGCAUAGUUAUGUUUUCCUGCCUUUCAAAUCUGCAAUGCAUGUGUCAAUGUGAAAAUUACAUACCGUUUGUGUUUUGCUUACUAAAAGACAAACGAAAGGAUAGUUAUGCCCACACGUUCAAGUGCUUGGUGUCUGAAUGUGAUAAAAGAGGGUUACGAUUUUCUCCCAAAACCAUCGUUUCUGACUUUGAGAGAGGGAUACAAGAAAGUAUAAGAGACACUUUUCCUGGAACUAAAAUUAUCGGUUGUCGCUUUCAUUUAGCUCAAGCAUGGUGGAGAAAAAUACAACAAUUAGGUCUUAGUAGGCACUACGAAGAGCGAGAUUCUCCGACUGGAAGAUGGUUGCGCUAUUGUUUUGGUCUUACAUAUUUAAGCCCAGAAGAUGUCGAAGUGGCAUUUUUUUAUUAAUUGGGAAUCUGACUUCAGAAGUGAUGGAAUUUGCUGAUUAUUUAGCAAAAAACUACGUCGACGUAGAUGAAAACACGCCGUAUCCUCCUUCCAUGUGGGCAGCUGACUAUUCUGAUCUGUGGCGAACAACUAAUUCUUGUGAGAGGUUUAGUUCAUUUUUUGGAGCAACAAACCCUAACAUCUUUAUUUUUGUCAAAAACCUUAAUUUAAUACAAAGUGAUACCUAUAUUAGAAUAAACACUGCCGAGACUAGUGGACCUCGAAAAAUAUCAAAAAAAGAACUGUUUAUUAACGAAAGAAUUGCCGAGUUUAAAAACGGAAAAAUAGGAUAUUUUGAUUUUUUAAAUGUAGUGUCAUAUAAAAC